CCGAGAUCGUGAUUUAGCUGGUAGAAAACCCUAAUUCUCGUCGGUCUACUCACUGUCUCUUUGAUUCCUCGUUUCACCAAUCCAAGUCAACAUGAGUAGGCCAAUGGAAGAGGACACCAACCAGGGAAAGACGGAAGAGGAGGAAUUCAACACGGGACCACUUUCUGUUCUGAUGAUGAGUGUUAAGAACAACACUCAGGUGUUGAUUAAUUGCCGCAACAACAGGAAACUUCUUGGUCGUGUUAGGGCUUUUGACAGACACUGCAACAUGGUUCUCGAGAAUGUCAGAGAAAUGUGGACUGAGGUACCUAAAACUGGAAAAGGAAAAAAGAAAGCUCUUCCCGUCAACAGAGAUCGCUUCAUCAGCAAGAUGUUUCUCCGUGGUGACUCUGUCAUUAUCGUCCUUAGGAAUCCCAAGUAAGAGAUCGAGAUGUUAGCUGCUCUUAGUUGUUUCUUCAUAUGAUACUCUCGCUUCUUAAUUGUUGUUGCGUCAACCAAGAUUACAUCUUUGAUCAUGAGUCUUUUAAUCUAGUGUUACCUUGUACGUUUCACUUGUGUUCUGUUUUAUCUCUUAUGACUAAGACCCAGCGUUAAAUAGUUUUUAAUAGCAAAAGACAAAAGU